GCCGAGUACCGGAUGCGCACCCUUCCCUUCCUCUCAGCCGGGCUGCCGUGUCUUCCUUCCGGCUUGUUGAAGAAAGUUGAGGGAGGUUCAGCGGUAACUGGGCUUUUACACAAUGGACAGCCAGGGAAGGAAAGUGGUGGUUUGUGACAAUGGAACCGGGUUUGUUAAGUGUGGCUAUGCAGGCUCAAACUUCCCUGAGCACAUCUUCCCUGCGCUUGUUGGAAGGCCCAUCAUCCGCUCCACCGCCAAAGUUGGAAAUAUUGAGAUUAAGGACCUUAUGGUUGGAGAUGAAGCUAGCGAACUUCGUUCCAUGCUGGAAGUCAACUACCCCAUGGAAAAUGGUAUUGUUAGAAACUGGGAUGACAUGAAACACUUGUGGGACUACACAUUUGGCCCAGAGAAGCUCAACAUUGACUCACGCAACUGCAAAAUCCUUCUCACUGAGCCUCCUAUGAAUCCUACCAAGAACAGGGAGAAGAUCAUUGAGGUAAUGUUUGAGACCUACCAGUUUGCGGGAGUCUACAUUGCUAUUCAAGCUGUGUUGACAUUGUAUGCUCAAGGGCUACUCACUGGAGUGGUUGUGGACUCAGGGGAUGGAGUGACACAUAUCUGUCCAGUGUAUGAGGGCUUCAGUCUGCCACACUUAACAAGACGUUUGGACAUUGCAGGCAGAGACAUUACUCGCUACCUCAUCAAGUUGUUGUUGCUGAGAGGGUAUGCCUUUAACCACUCUGCAGACUUUGAGACAGUGCGAAUGAUGAAGGAAAGGCUGUGCUAUGUUGGUUACAACAUCGAACAGGAGCAGAAGCUUGCGCUGGAGACCACUGUCCUAGUAGAGUCAUACACGCUGCCAGAUGGCCGUGUGAUCAAAGUGGGAGGAGAGCGCUUCGAGGCUCCUGAGGCACUGUUCCAGCCUCACCUCAUCAAUGUGGAGGGUGUCGGUGUGGCCGAGCUCCUCUUUAACACCAUCCAAGCUGCCGACAUAGACACUAGGUCUGAGUUUUAUAAACAUAUUGUGUUGUCGGGAGGAUCCACCAUGUACCCUGGCCUGCCCUCACGACUCGAGAGGGAGCUCAAGCAGCUUUACCUGGAGCGUGUGCUCAAAGGAGAUGUAGACAAGCUUUCAAAAUUCAAGAUCCGAAUUGAGGACCCUCCGAGGCGAAAGCACAUGGUGUUCCUGGGGGGAGCUGUGCUGGCUGACAUCAUGAAGGACAAGGACAACUUCUGGCUCACCCGAGAAGAGUAUCAGGAGAAGGGAGUGCGUGUGCUGGAGAAACUUGGAGUCACCGUCAGAUAAAGCAUUGGAUGGACAGACCAUACAGCCACACACCUACAAUACACCCACCCACAAACCCGCACACACACAGACACACACACACACACACACACACACACACACACCACAUUUCACAUUACAACCAUUGGAGAGUAUAUAUCUACCUUCCCCCCCAUGUUGGGCGCAGAGUGUCCCCCUAACUGGUGGGAACACGGCCUUCACCUCCCUGCAUCUCGCCUCUUUCCUGUCCCCCCACUGUCCUGGUCAGGGGUUGGCUCACGCUUCCCUCUCAAGCCCUGAAAAGUAUCCUCCAUGUUUGCCGAUCACACACAAGCCUCUUACUUUCUUUUUAGUAGGUUUAGAAGGGCUAAGGUUGCCCUGCUGAUGUAAUUUGGAGUCGGAAUUAUUUAUGUGUGUUGUAGUGGUGAUGGUUAAAACCAGGAAGUUAAGUUGGAUGUUCACUCUGCUUGUUUGCUUACCACUUACACAAGCAGACAACCAUUAUUUGUUUAGUAAAAAAAAACAAAAAAACAUUUUGGUGGUAAACUGCAGAUGCCUCAACCACUGCAUUAUAAGAAAGUUAAGUUUAAAUCUUUAAAUAAAAAUAAAUUUGUGGAGUGGAUUAAUUAAUGAAGAGUUCUAAGGAAAUGUUAUAAGAUCACAAUCAGGGUCCACAUGAAACAGCCACGGGCCGCACUCAGCGUCUGUUUAAGUGUGCUGAUCACAUUUUUAUGUCGGUUUUUAUAAAUGAUAUCAUGAAUUUUCUUGUGGGAGGGGUUCCUCUUAUUUGCUUUCUUUUGGGUGUAUGAGUUUAUAUCUUUCAAUAGAAUUUUUUUCCAUGACUUUUUGUUGCUGUGCACUAUUACCAUUGUAAAUGGAGUACAUUUAUGUAACGAGUUCCUCCAGGUUUUUUAAUGAAGAAUUGUUAAUUUCGAUAAGGGACAUAUGCACAAAGUAAAGCCCUGAACUUGACAACAGCUGUGCGACGGUACUUCAGGUUUAGGGAUGUGCUUUUUUUUCCACUUUGUUCCUUUGCUUUGCUUCUGCCUCCUCUGGGUUGAAUACUGAAAAUGGGUGCAAGCAUUUGCCUCUUAUGUCACGCUAUAUGGCACCUCUGUAGUUACCUAUCUAAUAUCUUCAGAUCUACCAAAGCAUGGAGGCAGAUAACUGUUUAAAGAGUUUAAACUAUUAAAUUUGAACAAGUAAUGCCACAAAACAGUAUUCUUGUGUAUCAAUACUGUUUUAUUCUGUCUCUUAAGUAUGUUUCCCAGUCUUAAAUUCACCAACAGUUCGCAUCAUGCAGACUGGAGGCACUUCUAUUUUGAGUAAAACAAAUAUAUAUUUUUUCCUCUUUCCAUUGAUUGUCUAUCCAGUGCCAAGUGCAGUUAUUGUUAACUGGAUCACUCUAUGUCUAUAUGUCUUUCUAUUUUGUCAUUUUUUUAUUUUCUUGUGUUGUUCAUAGCAUAACUGCCUAACACAACGCUGAUUUAAAUAAAGAAAAGUGAUUUAUAAGGAA